AUGGAGAUUGAUUCUAGCAACGGUUAUGGUGAUCGUCGUUUUGAUACUAGUCACAAGCGAAAGUACGUAUUAGCUAUUAAAGGUAUUCCAUAUGAAAUUGAUCCAAUCGUUGCAUUUUAUGACAAUAAAGAAUUUUCUAAACUUUCUUCUCUUCAUCGUAUUCCAGUAUUUACAGAUGAUAAAGUUACAUUAUGUGAUUCAUCUGUUAUAUGCCAAUAUUUAGAAGAUUGUUAUCCAAGUUGUAAUUUUGUUUCAAUAUAUCCAAAUGAUAUUGUAAAUCGAGUUAAAGUAAGAUGCGAUCAAACAAUAACUGAUCGUUCAUUAAAUAUAAAAAUUUCAAAAGUGUUACAAUAUUUUGAAGAAAAUGUUCCAAAAGAAGGUUAUAUGUUUGGUAAAAAUCAUAUGACCGUUGCUGAUAUUAGUAUAGCAUGUUUCUUUCGUAAUUUAUUUAUGGUUAUGCUAAAUUGA